AUGGAGGAGGGCUAUCGCGAUGGAGAUCAACUGGAUAGGGCAGCCAUUGCGAGGUGGAGUGCUGGAUGUGAUGACCGGAGUUAUGGGAGAGUGCUAGUUCGGUUUGGAGUGGCUGGCGUGACUGGAUCGGCUGGAGAAGCUAACUGGAUGUGGAGGAAGGGCUUACAGAGAAGCUUUUUCCUCAUCAAAGCAUUUGCUGCUGGUGUGAUCUUGGCAACUGGGUUCAUUCACAUACUUCCUGAUGCUUUUGGGAGUUUAACAAGUCCUUGCCUUGGCCAAAACCCAUGGGGGAGAUUUCCAUUUGCAGGUUUUGUGGCCAUGUUAUCUGCCAUAGGGACUUUGAUGAUGGAGUCGUUUGCCACGGGGUACCAUAAGAGGUUUGAGUUGAGAAAACCUCAACAAAUCAGUGGUGAUCAUGAGGAGAACGGUGUUGGAUCAGAUGAUAAUGGGGCUAGCGGGGGUCAUAUUCAUGGGCCUGUUUUCGCAUUAAAGAGAACAAAUUCAUCGGAUCUUAUUCGGCACCGCAUUGUUUCUCAGGUCUUGGAACUCGGAAUCGUGGUUCAUUCUGUGAUCAUUGGAUUGUCCUUGGGUGCUUCCAAAAGUAAAACAACAAUCAAACCUUUGGUCGCAGCAUUGAGUUUUCAUCAAUUUUUUGAGGGUAUGGGGCUUGGUGGAUGCAUUUCUCAGGCAAAAUUCAAGGUUCAAACAAAGGUCAUUAUGAUUCUAUUCUUCUCCCUCACCACCCCGACUGGCGUUGCUAUUGGCAUAUGGAUAUCAAGAAGUUAUAAUGAAACCAGCCCCAAUGCAUUAAUUGUUCAAGGCAUUCUUAAUUCAGCAUCUGCAGGGAUCUUAAUUUAUAUGGCACUUGUUGACCUUCUUGGAGCUGACUUCAUGAAUUCUAAUAUGCUAUGCAAUUUACGGCUCCAGCUUGGAGCACACCUUACCCUUCUUGUAGGGGCAUUGAGUAUGUCUCUCUUGGCCAUAUGGGAAGGAAAUUAA